AUGUCGCUGAACGACGUCAAGCUCACACGAGAUGGCCAGCCUGAUAUAGCUGCAUACGGCGAGACGUUUACAGCAGGCCCGCACGCUGUGGAUAUGCAUCUCGUCCUGCCCCCGAGCUUUGGCUCCUCAGACAACAGCAACAGCAGCAGCAACAGCAAGGGGAAGGGGAAGGGGAAGGGGAAGAAGAGGGUGUUGAAAGCGGAAAAGGGGAAAGUUUGGGUUACUGAUUACAAUACAAAUCUCUACUCCCAGACAUACUCCAAAGUGCUAUUUGCCCCCUCCAACCUCACCCUCUGCUACCUCCCCGGCCAAUACCCGGAAAGCGUAGCGCUCUUCCCGCCUCUUGCCCCGACCCCGCCAGACUUUGGACAGCUGAUCGAAGCUGUCAUGAAGAGUAAAGACAAGGGGGUGUUGAUGGGGAUCAAGGAGGGGGUUGAAGUGGGGAAGGAGGAGAGUAUGAGGGGGGAGAGGAUUGGGGAGAGUGUGAGGGCGUUGAGGGAGGAGGGGUGGGGUGUUGGGACGGGUUGA